UGCAGCCUGUGGCACGGCUGCUGGGGCGGCCAUUAGACGGGGCGGCCGUUAGACCGGGGCGGCCGUUAGACCGGGGUGGCCGCGGAGGGACAAGGAAGCUCUGUAGCUCCGGGGUCUGAGCUACUGCUGUGGCGAUGGCGGACAAAGGCUCGAGGCAGGAGAAGCAGGGCGGAAGAAACAGUGGAACUGGAUCCACGGUGGAAAAGCCGCAGCCGCCUAAAGUUCCAGAGCCACAGGGGGACAUCGUGCCUGCACGGCCCACUGAGGCGGAGGCAGUGGGGCUCAAGGCUCGCGAGGAGGGUGAGGAGGUGGUGGGCGACAUCUUGGCCGAGAGGCCGGACCGAGUCAUGGAUUCCGUCUUCAGAGUCUACCAGGACCGGCAAAUGGGCCUGGAUUCGCGUCCUUCAGACCUGUCUCCUCUCUCCCUGACCCCUGCCUGCUGGACUGACACCCCGUCUCGCCUCCGCAGUGCAUUCCAUAUACAAUCAACUGGGCACGGGAGACCAUGCGCUUCACACCCCGGGAUGAGGGAGAACCCCACCUGGCAGAGGACCCCACGUGGCGCCGCAGCGCCCAGCCCCUCCGCUGGGUUCCUGCCACAGCAGCCCUGGCGCGCGGAACCGCAGCUUGGUGCACCGCCGCGCAGAAUGGGCCACAAGCCCGCGAUGGCACGCCUGGACCCCGCGAGCCUGCCAUGCCACUGGGUGUGCCCGCAGGUGGAGGUUCUGGUUCCACCCUCCACAGCACCUCCCCCGGAAGCCUACAGCAGGUGCCAGCGGGGCGAGAAGACCGAAGCCCCGGCCGGCCUGCCAGCCUCUGGUUGGGGGCUCCCCAGUGUGGCCCAUAACCCCCCCAGAUCCAAACUAUGGCCAAGUGCCAAGUGGCCCAUCGGCUUGGAGGCCGAGGCCAAGCUGCUGGAUGAGCUGUGGGAGGGCCGCAGGAUACCUCCACAAGGCCUGGUCCUCGGGGAUCAGGAGAUCCAGGAUCCUCACAAGCAGUCUCACCCUGCCCCUAGAGUUCUCGAGUCCACGUUCCAUGUGAAGGGGAAGCCCUUGUGGCUGGACGAGAUGAAGCUGCCUCCUGGUGUGAGCGUGUGGAACCCAGCCACCCAAGAGCUGCUUCGCUGUGCUGAACCUCAACAGGAAGACGAAGAGGACAGCACCUCUCCUCCUCCCAUCCAAACGAAUGCCCCAGAACCCGAGGUGACGGUGGCAGAGCUAACGAAGAACUUAGAGCCGGAAAUAUCGAUUCUCCCCUCCAAGAAAGUUUAUGCGGAAAUUAUAUGUGAGAGAAAACGGGGAAGAAGCUGGAAGAAGUGGGGAGAAGAUGGGAGAUCCACCAGACUGUCAUCCAAGCCUGACCCUCAGUGAAGGAGAGAAGGCUGGUUAGGAGCAUCUUAGGGUGCGGUGGAGUAAUUUUUCCAUUUUAAACUUUCCUCUCUUGUUUUGAAAGUAUACACUAUUUCUGUUCUUUAUUGG